CAUGACAGAACAGCGCCCGGACCCGCAUACAUAGUCCCAGUCAUCAGUUACAGCUCAGCCUGUCUUGUUUUGUCUGCGUCGGGUGUGGAAUGGAUGCAGUCGCCAACUGACGCGCAGAUGCGCGUCAUUGGGGCUUAGGGAUCCCCGAGACAAAAAAAAAAUGUCCCACCGGUGUCGCAGGUGUGAUAAGAAAGCUGCGCGUCCCUUUUGUCUGCGAGGUUACAGUCAGCGCUCGCUCCCGCAUCAAAAUGUUGCUCUCGCAUCACGAUCAGCAUGCGCAAUUUGAUAGAAAUCAAGGAUUUGCACACGCACACAAAAAACACAUUAAAAGUAGGAGUGAGUUUGUGCGUGCGUGAGUCACAUGGUGAGCAGAACACUAGACAGCAAAAAAUACGUGAAUUACCAAAAAGUAAGAAGUUAAAGUACUUAGUGGCUUUGUCACAUUUUUGUGACUAAUUGAAAACAUUAAAUCUUCAUUUAAUGAUAUAUUAAUGGCAUUUAAACAAACCUAAUGUGAUGUUAAGCAGAUGAGUAACGACUGAAAUCGUAAAAAGAGAUUCAAUCAGUCAUUGUCAUCUGCCCCAGGGCAGGAAUUCAAGCCGCCAACAGCCACUGCGUGUGUGUAUGCGUGUGUGUGUGCGUGUGUAGUCGCAGCCAAUCAGCUUCCAUGUGGGCGGUACCUCAAAGUAUAAGUGCAGAUGUUGAGAGCCUGCGGACAGGUGUCGUGUGUGUUCAACACCAUCGUCAUGACAUCCUUGGUGCCUCUUUGCCAUCUCCCCCAGCAGGAGCUCCAGCCUCUGGCUUUGGAUUCCCACGACUUCAGCCUCUACAGUACUCCGCCCGAGGCCAGCCGCUUCUCAGCAGCGUGCCUCCGACCGGACCUUGGCCGCGAGUCCAGAGAAGAGCGGCCUCAUGUCGGAGCUGACUUCUACGACCUCCAGAAUGCCUUCCUAGCCGGCGGGCCCUGGUACUCGGUGGAAAACAUCCUAAGUCUGGCCCGCCCGCCGUACUCCUACUCGGCCCUCAUCGCCAUGGCCAUUCAGAGUGCGCCCUUGCAGCGGCUGACACUGAGCCAGAUCUACCGCUACGUGUCCACGCACUUCCCCUUCUACAGCCGAAACAAGGCCGGUUGGCAGAACUCCAUCCGGCACAACCUGUCGCUCAACGACUGCUUCCGGAAGGUUCCACGGGAGGACAACAAUCCGGGCAAAGGAAACUUCUGGACUCUGGACCCAAACUGCGAUAAGAUGUUCGAAAAUGGCAACUUCUGCCGCAAGAGGAAGAGGAAAACCGACACGGCGACUUCCACCAAGAAACGAAGCAAGUCCUCGUCCUCUUGGCCCAAAUGUCCCGGCGCCGAGUUUCCCGCCACGUCGGACCAGCAUAUCUCAUCUCGGCCUCCCGAGUCCACGCGGAUCCCGGAUGAGCCCUCGUUGCUUCCUCCUCAGGGGCUUGUCUCCUCACCAGGACCCGUGGUGCCGCAGUGGGACACCUGCAGCUCUUCUUCUUCUCGUCAUGCCUCCACUAUGUUCGUCCCUUGUUCUCAGUCUGCCCCUCCUCACUUCUCCCCGUCUCUGUACGCGGACCCGGAUACCGCAUGCACGCCUCCGCUGGAGUUCCAGGAGGAGCGGCCGGCGGAGUUCGACUUCGUCCAGUCUCAACUCUUGGGCCACCUCAUGAAUGAUGUGCCCCUUGACUCGCUGGUUCUCCACCAGGGACUCUGACGUCCACUUGACGCUUUGAAAUGUCCGUCACAGUGUGAAUGACGCUAUUUAUUAUCGGUGUUAUUGAUAUUUUAUAAGUUCAAAGUUGGGUUCAACGUUGGAAUUAAAGCAAGUACA